AUGGAUCCAUCUGAGGUACGGAAACAAACUGGUAGUUUCGAAAAAGCCUUCUUGAAGCAUGAAGAAACCUUUAAAGACAAGAAAGAGAAGGUGCAAAGCUGGAGAGAUGCACUUAUUGCGGUAGCCAAUCUUGCUGGAUGGCAUUUGAAAGAUGGACCUGAAUCGGAAGUUGUUGAAGAUAUUGUUGGAAUGAGUUUCACUAGAUUAAACCAAACAAUUUUAAGUGAAUCCAAGGAUUUAGUUGCAAUGGAUUCUCAUAUAGAAGAACUGCUUUCUUUCUUAGAGAUAGGGUUGCUUGAUGUUCGUAUCAUAGGGAUUUGGGGGAUGAAAGGAAUUGGCAAGACAACUCUUGCACGAGUAGUUGCUAAAAGAAUACGUGCUCGUUUUGAAGGUUACAGCUAUCUAGCCAAUGUUAGAGAGGCAACUGAAAAGCAAGGUCUAGAACAUUUACAAGAGCAGCUUCUUUCAGACUUGCUGAAAAGCAAUGUAAAGAUACAAAAUAUUGAUAUGGAAGAUGUAAUAGGGCAUAGACUAUGUAAUAAAAAGGCUCUUAUUAUUGUUGAUGAUGUGGACGAGGUUGAGCAAGUGGAAGCACUAUGUGAUCGGACUUGGUUUGGUCCAGGGAGUAGAAUCAUCAUAACAUCAACAGAUGAACAUGUGCUAUGCAGAUAUGCGGACAAAAUAUAUCAGGUUAAGCUGUUAACUAAUGAUGAAGCUCUUCAGCUCUUUAGUUGGAAGUCCUUUCAAAAACAUCAGGUUGGGGAAAGUUUUCUCAAGCUAUCCAAGGACUUUUUAACAUAUGCUAAGGGCCUUCCAUUAGCUAUUAAAGUUUUGGGUUCAUUCCUUUGUAAUAGGCCACAAAGCGCAUGGUCAAGUGCAUUGGAUAGACUAAAAGAAAAUCCUGAGAAAAAAAUCGUUGAUGUCCUCAAAGUGAGUUUUGAUGGAUUAUCAUAAGAAACAGAAAAAAAGUUUUUUUGGACAUUGCCUGCUUCUUUAAGGGUGAGAACAAAGAUCGUGUAAUAAGAAUAUUAGAAACU